GUCAUUUAAUACUUUUGUAUUGCAAGCAACGCACGCUACGACUUUCACACGAUGGCUUCUAAAAACAAAACCGAAAAAGUCGGAAUCGUCGGGAGUGGUCUGAUUGGGCGGUCAUGGUCGAUGCUGUUUGCCUCUGUGGGUUAUCAAGUGACAUUGUUCGACAUUGUGCCCAAGCAAGUUACUGACGCCCUUGAAGACAUCAGAAAACAACUCAUAACAUUGCAAAAUGACGGUUUAUUGAGAGGCAAACUAAAUGCUGUUGAGCAAUUCCAAUGUAUAAAAGGUUCAACAGAUCUAUCUGCCACUGUCAAAAAUGCUAUAUUUAUUCAAGAGUGUGUUCCUGAGAAUUUGGAUCUUAAGAAGAAGUUGUAUAAAGAAUUGGACGCGAUAGUGGAUAAUAAAACAAUAUUGUCCAGUUCGACCAGUUGCAUAUUGCCUUCAUUAUUUUCUGAAGAUCUGAAGCACAGGUCACAGGUUAUAGUUUCCCACCCAGUAAACCCGCCUUAUUAUGUCCCCUUAGUGGAGAUAGUGCCUGCACCUUGGACAAAACUAGAGGUGGCAGCAAAAACCAGGGAAAUAAUGAAGGAAAUCGGACAGGCACCUGUAUCUCUUUCAAGAGAACUGGAUGGAUUUGUGUUAAAUAGAAUCCAGUACGCAAUUUUGAACGAAGUCUGGCGUCUAGUUGAGGAGAAAGUAGUGGAUGUAAAAGACAUCGAUACUGUGAUGUCCGAAGGCCUAGGUAUGCGAUAUGCUUUCCUUGGCGCGUUUGAGACAGCACAUUUGAAUGCAGAAGGAAUGGAAAACUAUAUUGAGAGAUAUGGUGAAACAAUUUACAAUGUAAGCCAAACUUUCGGCGAUGUCCCUCGCAUGACACAGAAUAGGAGUGCAUUUACGAUUUGCCAGCAACUGAAUAAUAUGGUACCUUUGGAAAGGCUGCCCGAGAGACGCGCUUGGCGUGACGCUUGUCUCACUCGUCUCUCCGUACUUAAAAGGGAUAUGAACACAAAGUAUAAGCAAUAAAUAUGUGUAUAAACAUUAGUCGAAUAAAAAAUUUUUUGUUAAUAGAAU